GCGCAGAGCCCGCGGGGAAGCGCAGCCCGGGAUCCCCCGGCGCGAACUGAUGGCCGGGGAGCGGGGCGAGCCCCGCGGAGCAAAGCGGCAUCCCCGGGCCGGGGCGCCCCCUCCACGCACAGCAGGGACCCGGGGGCCCUCAAGCCUGUAUCGGCUCUGGGCCCCGCAGCCCGCUCGAGGGCCAGGCAUUGCUUUUCUGCCUCGGGCCCUAGGGGCUGCCCGGGCACAGCUCUGCAGCACGCCAGGGGUUAACCGGCGCUGCGGGGAGGAAGCACACGCUAGCGCGCAGCAAUAGGUGGCGGUGUGCACACGGGGCAGGGGGAGCAGACCGCACUCCGCAGUCACUCCCCUGCAGGAGCUGGGUCCGGUUCUUUCGCCCCGGCGCCCGUCAGAACCAAGAUGCUGGACCAGAUCGCGCUGCUGGCCGCUGUGACCGUCCUGGGAGUCCUGGAGCAAGCCUAUUUUGCACUGCAGGUGAUCUAUGCCAGACGGAAGUACAGCGUCUCCCCCCCAGAUACAGCAGGCCCACCAGAAUUUGAGAGAGUCUUCAGAGCUCAGGCGAACUGCUCCGAAUACUUUCCAAUCUUUGUGUCUGUCCUAUGGGUGGCUGGACUCUUCUUCCAACAAGGUGUGGCUGCAGUCUGUGGGCUACUCUACUUGUAUGCUCGGUACCAGUACUUCCAGGGAUACAGGCUGUCUGCCCAUGGAAGAUUGGAGCCCAUGUACUUCAGUGCCAAAGUUCUGUGGAUUUUGAUUGGUUUGUCCAUGGCUGGGCUCUUGGGUCACUUCCUGUCUCUGAAUUCUUUUGUGGGGAGAAUGGAAAUUCCAAGCAAACUGCAACUGCUCUUCCGGUGGUAAACAGCCCCUGUGACUGCUGAGUUGUGGGUUUAGCUCAGCAUCUCCCAUAACUCCUCCAGGCUGAUGAGAAUUUAACCUUCACUUUCUCCACAGUUCAACUAAGCAGUUCAAAAGAGAGCUAAAAAGCACAAGCGCGCUGUGGCUGAAGAGACCUAAAAUACUCCCCAACUUAUGUUCAGCCACUUGUCCCCUGCAUCAAUUCUCUUCCUUUAAUGAGGGGGAAGAGAGAGAAAGUGGUUCUCUCCCUCUCCCCACCCCAAGUUAUACACAGCAAGUUCCACUUAUCAGGAAACAGUUUUAAUCGCAAGUGGAGAAUAGAGCAAUGCUACAUUAAUUUCCCUCAUUUGGCUUUUAAAACGCCUUCUCUUCCCCCACUAAAAGUUGUGCAUAUGCAUGUAGAAAAGCACAGGCUUGCUCGAGAAGCUGAAGACAGACGUAAUUAUUAGCACAUGCUUUUCUUCCUUCCCAUCCCAUGCACCCAGCUGAAACCUAAGGAUUUUGCCACUAGACUCAGCUUCUGUUGGAUGUUGCUUAAGCUAAUAAAGAGAGGAUGUUGUAAUUCUCAACUGUUUCUUCUAUGCAGCAGGUAGCAGUACUUCAAAUAGAGGAUCAGUAAACCUAGUGGGAGGCGAGGUCUAGACCAUGUGUUUCUAGGGCAUUUGUUCAGAUAAUACUUUAAACGCUGUUAGGCCCAUGUUUUUCUAGUGGCUUAUGGCGUUAGGCACCUAAGCUGCUAGGAGCACCCCAAACUUCAACAAAGGAGAGCCCAGCAAUCGAACUGGGCACUCAAAGCGCAACAAUAACUGAAAACGAUGAGCCUUAAUUUCCAUGGCCAAACCAAGAGCUGUCACAGUCUUUAGCCUAGAGCAGUGGGCUCCAGCGUUUUUAUGCCCAAGGGAAUUUAAGGGCAAUCCAGGAUCUACCCCACUCCUUCCCCAAAGCCCUGCCCCACUCCCUCCAUCCCCUUGGUCA